UUCGCCUUUGGCUGCUGGUGUAGCGAUAAGAGUCUCCUUUAGCUGCAAUGCGUCUGGUUUAAUAGGACUAGAAGUGCGUCCUCCCUAGAUUGUAAUGGCGUCUUUGGCACUGACGGGUUCGAUUUCUGCUAGUUAUCUGCCGAGUAGCAAGGAGACCCUUUGCGGGGAUCACUCUGAGUUUGCUUUCUCUGCAAAGACUUGGUCCAGAUCUAAUCGUCCUUCUCUGAGGCUAACGAGAGGGGUAGUGCCUGUCAAGAACACUCUGAAGAGUGCAGAUGUUGCUGAGCAAGCUGUUGCAGACCGAGUCUCCCGCAGCAAGCCGGUGACUCUCAGAGCAAUUGUUACCAUCAAGAAGCGGCCUGGCAACAAAGUUACGGACAUCUUUCGCAAGGGAUUGGACUUCUUUGUCCAAGACCCCCUCGGCGAGGAUAUUGUUCUGCAGCUCGUUAGUACUGAAGUGGAUCCGAGUAGCGGCCUUGGAAGAAGAAGCAAGAACACGACACUUCGGAAGGUUUCUACAGGAGAACACACGGUUGAAUAUGCCGGUGAAUUCAUAAUUGAGGACCAGUUUGGGAAACCAGGGGCCAUUCUCGUUGCAAACAGACAUAAGGCAGAGUUUUUCCUCGAGACGAUCUCUCUCCAGGGCCUGAAGACUGGAUUGAUUUCAUUUUCAUGCUACUCCUGGGUUCAUUCUCAGGAAAACGAGGUGUCUCAACGAGUGUUCUUCUCCAACGAGGCUUAUCUUCCUUCUUCUACUCCUCGGGGACUCAAAGAUAUUCGUGCCUCUGAACUCAAAACAUUACAAGGAGAUGGAACGGACAUGCGUAAACCGUGGGAAAGGAUCUACGACUACGACGUAUAUAACGACCUUGGAAAUCCGGAUAAAGAUAAGAAGCUGGCUAGACCUGUUGCAGGUGGCGCGGUGCCAUAUCCAAGAAGAUGCCGAACAGGUCGCCCUCCAACCAAGUCAGAUCCUCGUGCAGAGUUCAGGCUAGCCGUGACAAGCAAGAAUUAUGUCCCUCGCGACGAGGACUUUGAGCAGGUGAAAACUGAAGCAUUUUCUUCUGGACGUCUUAGAGCCAUUGUUCACCGUCUCGUUCCGACCAUAAUCACGCACUUCACUGCCACUCCAGAUGAGUUUGACACCCUGACUGAUAUCGAUCGCCUCUUUUACGAAGGCAUUCGGCUUCAAACUGAACUGGCGGAAAAUGAUCGUACUUUCUGGGAUAUAGUCCCGGAGCAAAUCAGGCAGCUCAUCGAUGCUGAUAAAAUUUCAAAUGCUAUCAAGUAUCCGCUACCUCCUUUGCUCGCAAAGGAUAAAUACGCUUGGACCCGUGACUCUGAGUUCGGCCGGCAAAUGCUUGCUGGUUUGAAUCCGCUAAUGAUUGAGCGGCUCAAGGCCUUUCCUCCGACCAGUUCGAUGGAUACUGGGAUCUGUGGAACGCUAGGAUCAGCAUUCGAAGCAGCAGAGCUCGAGAAGCACCUUGAAGGAUUGACGGUGGAAGAGGCGAUAAAAGCGGAGAAGCUGUUUAUUAUCGACUAUCACGACGUUUUCAUGCCACUCAUCAACAGAAUCAACUCUUUGAAAGGACGGAAGAACUAUGCAACACGCACAAUUCUCUACUUGGAUUCAGCCAACUUGCUAAUGCCGGUGGGAAUUGAACUAUGCCUGCCAGUCUCGAAAGACAAACCAAAUGGUUCCAAGAGAGCGUUCUAUCCAACCAAAGAUGCGACUGGGUUUUGGAUCUGGCAGCUUUGCAAGACACACGUUCGAUCCAAUCACUCGGCAUACCAUCAAGUUGUAUCUCACUGGCUCCAAACUCAUGCAUGCAUCGAGCCUUACGUGAUCGCGACGAAUCGCCAGCUGAGCGCGAUGCACCCCGUCGCCAAGCUCCUCGAUCCACACCUGCGAUACACAAUGCAAAUCAACGCCACGGCCCGGCAGACGCUCAUCAGCGCCGGGGGCGUGAUCGAACAGUGCUUCACGCCAGGACAAUUCAUCCUCGAGCUGAGCUCCGCCGGCUACGAACAGUGGCGAUUCGACAAGCAAGGCCUCCCAGCCGACCUUCUACAGAGAGGCAUGGCUGUCGAAGAUAAAAACUCUCCAGAUGGAUUGAGGCUCGUCCUAGAAGACUACCCAUACGCCGCCGACGGGCUCCUCGUAUGGUCGGCUCUCAAGUCCUGGGUGACGAGCUACUUAUCCGUCUACUAUGACUCCCCGGACUCCAUCACCAGCGACACGGAGCUCCAGGCAUGGUGGAACGAGAUCAAAACCAAAGGCCACCCCGACAAGGCCGAAGGCUGGCCGAGCCUCAACAACAAGCAGGACCUCGUCGAGAUUCUCACGUCGAUAAUGUGGGUGGCGUCCGGGCACCACGCUGCCGUCAACUUUGGCCAGUUCCUCUACUCGGGCUACGUCCUCAAUCUCCCCAGCCUGACCAGGAAGCUCAUACCCGAGAAGGACGACCCCGAGUACAAGGAGCUCCUCCAAAACCCGCAAGGCUUCCUGCUCGCGACGCUCCCAAACCAGACCCAGGCCACCACGGUCAUGGCGGUGCUGGAGCUCCUCUCCACGCACCACCCUGACGAGGAGUAUCUCGGCCAGCGCGUCCAAAAGUACUGGACCGGCGACGAGAAGGUCCUCGAGGCGUCGAACGAGUUCGAGGAGAGGGUAGCCGAGGUCCAGGAGAUCAUCGAAAAGAGGAACAACGACCCCAAGCUGAUGCACAGGCAUGGAGCUGGAGUUCCAGCGUACGAGCUCCUGUUACCGACCUCUGGGCCCGGAAUCACUGCUCGCGGGAUUCCGAACAGCGUCUCUAUCUAAGCUCGUAAGCUAUGGCUUUAGAAACUCUAGAGAACUUGUAAAAGUACCUGGUUUGCGUCAAAUGUAUAAAAUGGUUUGAUUGCGAAUUUU